GUGGAAGAACUGGGAAACCGAGAAAUUGUUCAAAUAGCCUGUGGGGACCAUCACUCCAUGGCACUGUCCAGAGGAGGUGAGCUCUUUACCUGGGGCCAGAAUGCCUAUGGACAGCUUGGAGUGGGGAGACAAGUCACACUCACCCCCAAACCACAGCUGGUGAAAGGACUAAAGGGCAUCCCACUUGCUCAAAUUGCUGCUGGAGGAGCUCACAGCAUUGCUGUGUCACUCUCUGGAGCCGUGUACUCCUGGGGAAAGAACGACUUUGGGCAGCUGGGACUCGGACACACGGAAGACAAGGACUACCCAUCAUACAUUGAAGCAUUAGAGCACUGGAAGACUGUAUUUAUCUCAUGUGGGGCAGAUCAUACUGCAGUUCUCUCCAAGGAUGGCUUGGUGUGCACAUUUGGAGCAGGAGGGGCUGGCCAGCUUGGUCACAACUCCACCCGGAAUGAACUAACACCUCGUGUAGUGGCUGAGCUGUGGGGAGCAAGAGUUUCGCAGGUUGCCUGUGGAAGACAGCACACCCUGGUCUAUGUCCCCUCCUUGGACAAAGUCUAUUUAUUUGGUUCUGAUGAAGGACAGCUGGGAAAUGAGAAAGCGGCUAAUCAAUUGAUACCACUUCCCAUCAAUUCACCAGUGGAUAAUGGAAAAUUCUGUCAGGAAAACAACACCUCACAAAAGGUGAUUAAAACUACGUCAGAAGAAAAGGAGAGUAUUGUCCUUUGCUUGAAGGAAAGGAAUUCCUAUCCUUUGAAUGGAAUUGCAACUCUGAAGGAGAACAAAGUGGAUGCAUGGAUUUCUAAUUCCCAUCCAAAACACUGGGAAACUACAAAAAAGAAUAUCAGACUGAUCUUUUCAUCUGAGGCUUGCAUCAAUGGAAGCUUCCUGGAGAAGAGAGACAAACAUUUCAAAACUUCCAAAGAAAUCUCAGGUGUAGACAUGAGAGAAGUGCAAUGUUUUUAUAACAAGAUCAGCAACAAGACAUUAAUCUACCAGGAGGUGCAAAAUGGAAUUAAGAAUUUGCUGCCAUCAUUGUCUUCCUCUCCCAUCUCACCUGAAAAUUUCAGAGUCUACUUGAUCUUGCCUUUCCUUCUUCAGGGAGAUGAUGAGAGCUCUUACUGUUCUCUCAGGCUGUUAGCAAAAGCCAUUUUGAGGCUCCGGCAGAAGGACCGGAAAGCUCUUGAAUGCCUGUGGUCAAAUCUAGACACAUCACUUUUCAAGAAUCUGGUCCAUAUAUAUCAGAAGCUUUCCCAGAACACACUGCAUCGAUUAAUCAGGAAAAAUGGAGUGUUGCAAAUACCUCUCUUUGAACACGAGACUACUCUUAGACUGCAUGAGACUCUGCAAAUACUGAAUAUUCUUUACCAGGUGAACACCAGGGCUGGCUUCAGACUACAAGAAAACAACUUCUAUGUGUCCGAAGUGAAAAAAAUCAUCAAAUGGUUAUUCAACAUGAAACAGUUUAUGAUAUUUCAGAGGUCUCUAGGGAUGCUGACCAAAUAUCCAUGCAUCUUUGACAUGCACGACAAGAUCUUGGUUCAUUAUUUAGAAUGCAAUAGUCUGUACACGUGCUGCAACUUUCUAGGCUGGAUAUACGAGAAACCCUAUAUUCUUGCUGUCAGACGAGAACACCUUCUGGAUGACAUACGGCAUCAUUUAAUAACAGCACAAAAUGAUCAAUUCAGCAGGAAUUUAAAAGUGCUGUUCGUGGGCGAGGAAGGGCGGGAUGAUGGCGGGCUGUCCCAGGAGCUCUUCGCUAUCGCCGCCAGGGCCUUCAGCGACCCCCGGAGCGGUGCCUUCCGCCACUUCUCCUCCCGGCUGGUCUGGUUCCCCAGUCAGGUGCCAAGCCACGACAACACUUUUGUCCUGAUUGGGACCCUGUUUGGGAUGGCUUUGUAUAACAAAUGCCAUGCUCCCUUCCCCUUCCCCAGCGCUCUCUUCAAGAAGAUGUUGAACAUCACACCCACCCUGGAGGAUCUGAGGGAGCUGAUGCCAGCAGUAGCCAGGAAUCUUCAGAAUAUUUUGAAUGAAGAAUCUGAGGAUGAGCUUGAGAGCCAGCACAUGACCUUCGUGCAACUAGAAGAAGGAGGUUCUGUGGUUGAGCUUAAAGAAAAUGGUACCAACAUUCCUGUCACUAAGCAUAACAGGAAGGAAUUUGUUGACUUAUAUGUGAAUUACAUAUUCAAUGAAUCAGUACGGAAGCCAUUUGAGGACUUUAUGCAAGGUUUUUUAAGAGGCUGCCCAGCUAGAAGCUGGAAGAUGUUUCUCCCUGUUGAGCUCCAAGUUGUUCUCCUGGGACACGCAACAUACAACUGGCGUCUGCUGCAAAAGAACGUGAUGUACGGAGGCUAUCAGGAGUCACAUCAAACCAUCAAGAAUUUUUGGACUGUGUUUUUCAAGCUCCCAGAAGAAAAAAAGAAAAAGUUUCUUGCUUUUUUGUCAGGAUCUGAUCGAAUCCCUGCCUCUGGACUGGAAUAUUUUAGCUUUGCUAUUCAAGAUCCUGGAUGGGAAAAUCCAGAUAAUUUUUUUCCUCUAGCUAAUACCUGCAGCCACAUUCUCUUCCUCCCCAGGUACAGCAGUAAGGAAAUACUGGAGAAAAAGUUCCUCUGUGCCAUAGAGCAUGAUGAAGGUUUUGCCUUUAAGUGACUUUUGGUUAGGAGCACGUUAAAGCACAAAUAAGAAAGCAAGUCUUUGUUUCAUUUGUAAUAUUUUUCCUCUUGGUAACUGAUUUACUGGUUUCUACCCUGACUUUUUUUUUUACUGUACUUCAUAAACGCUUGACGGUGUGUAUUCACUGAGGUUGUAUAUUGAUUAUAUACUUGAUUGUUAGAUUAUAAAGUUAGUAAAAAAAAAAGAAUACUAUUUAACAUGCUUGCAAGAAGCAAGUUGGUAAACAAGUAUAUUUACAUGUGUGUUCAUCCUAAUUGUGCUGUAGUGGUCUUCUUUAGUUGGUCGAGCUUUCAACAGCAGGGUUUCUGUGAUUUGUACGUUACCAAACACACAGUGUAUGCUGAAGUCAUUGUCACAAGAGGAGGCCAGGGUAACAUUUUAAUCUGUGUUACUCAAGGAUUCUCUUGGAGAGCAACCAACCCUAAGACCUGAUCCAUUAAAUUGUGAAUUGAAGGAGCAAUCUGUACUUACCUGAAUAUGGCCUUUUACUUAUCUGAGAGAAGUUCUUAGAAAGAGGAUUUGAUCAUUCCUAGACUUUGUCAGAGGCUGUAUUUGUAAAGCAUUAAUUAGUUUGUUGUGUUGCUUUACAUCUUCUAAGGAGAUGACUGGCAAUUAAAACAGAAUUUUAGGCCUGCAGAACAGCUCUGUCUGCAGAACAUUGUGAAUAUGAGGCUUGCAGGACAGUUGGAAGCUCAUUGCCAAAACUGUUUAACCCUGGCAGGAUAUUGGCAAUGUCAGGCAGGAUGUAAAGGCAGAAUGUGUAUUUUCUCUGUAUAUUUUUCUUUAUGUAAAAAAAAAAAAAUAAGUGAGGGAUAGCAGUCAUGAUUUUUCUGACGUCCGUUUUCCUUUGGUUUAAGUGUGUCAGUAGAUGUACAUAUGUAAAGAAGGCUUUUACUGUGCUAAAUUAAACGAUGAUUGAUUAAGUUUU